CGACGUGAAGAAAAGAAGAAAAGGCAAAGCAGCUUCCCACCCGCGUCUGGCCCUACGUCUCCAACACGCUUAAGAAACCCAUAAGAAACCAAUCUCCCUCUAACAGAUAAUUCACCGAUCCAAAACCCUAAUCGAUCAUUCUGAAUCAUCUCCCUCGAACUCCUAACCUCAAUUUCAAGGAAGAUCGAGGUGGUUCAAUUGGCGAGGAUCAACCAUGUUUAGCCGGAUCUUCGGCAAGCCAAAGCAGGAAACGAAUGCUCUAGGCACGCUAGAUAAACUAAACGAGACACUUGAAAUGCUAGAGAAAAAGGAGAAAGUACUUAUAAAAAAGGCUGCUGCAGAGGUUGAAAAGGCCAAGGAGUUUACCAGAGCAAAGAACAAAAGGGCGGCUAUACAAUGUUUGAAGAGGAAGAGGUUGUAUGAACAGCAAGUGGAGCAGCUUGGAAACUUUCAAUUGCGUAUCCAUGAUCAGAUGAUAAUGUUAGAAGGGGCAAAGGCCACCACUGAGACUGUAGAUGCAUUGAGAACUGGAGCUUCUGCAAUGAAGGCAAUGCAGAAAGCAACGAAUAUUGAUGAUGUGGACACGACCAUGGAUGAGAUCAAUGAGCAGACUGAAAACAUGAAACAGAUUCAGGAAGCAUUGUCAGCACCAAUUGGUGCAGCCGCUGAUUUUGAUGAGGAUGAAUUGGAAGCUGAACUCGAAGAGCUGGAAGGUGCUGAGCUGGAAGAACAACUUCUUCAGCCUGCAACGACUGCUCCUGCAGCUCCAGUGCAGGCCCCAGCAGGUCCACAACGAAACCGUCCUACUCCAAAACGUACUGCUGAGGAAGAUGAACUGGCAGCACUACAGGCUGAGAUGGCACUUUAAGCAGAAUUUUGCAGAUAUUGCUCAUUUAUUUAAUGUCAGGAGUCUAUGUAAGGAAUUGCUUGAUUGUUUGAUGGAGAUUACUAUUUCAUGCGUUCUGAUUUCUAUAUGGAAUAUUGGUAAGCAGACAAUGUAUAUAAAGGUGGCAUCAAAUAAAAGGAAAGUCGCCGUUCUGAAACUUGUAAUCUGCCUUAUGGAGCUUCCAAAGUUCCAAACAACUCUUCUUUUAUUUUCUUUUUCAAAUUUUCAUUUUCCAAUAUUCUGUGGACCAUAUCUGAUAGCUUACUGAAUAUCUCCCAUGUAUAUAUCCAAGGGAAUCUUACCCAUCUUGGAGCCAUAUUCAUAUAUCAAAUGAAGAAAGUACCACCUUGUUGCUGUCAA